AUGUCAACUCCAGCAAGGAAGAGGCUUAUGAGGGAUUUCAGGAGGUUGCAGCAAGAUCCUCCUACUGGUAUCAGUGGUGCUCCUCAAGACAACAACAUCUUGCUCUAUAACGAUGUCAUCUUCGGGUUAAAAAGAAACACUUGCUUUCGUUUAUGGAUGCGUGUUAGAUAUCGUCCUUCUGAUUCAGUGAGAUCAUACCAUGAAUUGGAUUUUGUAUUAUCACUGAAGAUGAUCAUACCAUGA